AUGGGGAAAGCCUUCUCUACACCCAACACUAAAAACCGAUUUCAUAAUCUGAUUUUUCCUUCCCCUGCUACUGACCAAUCUCCCUUCAAUACAGGAGAGAGAAGGUUGUGUAGAAAGCCCCCUGCCCUGCCUUACCGCCAGGGCUCUUCCUCGGGCUCGCCGCCUUCCCCUCCCUUGCGCUCCGUACUCGGGCACUGUGACUGGGACGGCGCUAUCGGUGGUGAAACAUGUGAUCUGCUUCUUCCCCACAGAAAGGGCUUGUCCCAGUCAGCCUUGCCCUACAGACGCAGCGUGCCUACGUGGCUGAAACUUACUUCUGAUGAUGUAAAGGAACAGAUCUACAAGCUGGCUAAAAAAGGCCUGACUCCAUCACAAAUUGGUGUGAUCCUGAGGGAUUCCCAUGGUGUUGCCCAGGUUCGCUUUGUUACUGGCAACAAAAUUUUGAGAAUCCUUAAAUCGAAGGGACUGGCCCCAGACCUUCCAGAGGAUCUUUAUCACUUGAUUAAGAAAGCUGUUGCUGUUCGGAAACAUCUUGAGAGAAACAGAAAGGAUAAAGAUGCCAAGUUCCGCCUGAUUCUGAUUGAAAGCAGAAUCCAUAGGUUGGCUCGCUACUACAAAACUAAGAGAGUACUGCCGCCCAAUUGGAAGUAUGAAUCAUCGACAGCUUCUGCCCUGGUCGCAUAAGAGCUGGCUAUGACACUGAAAGAAUAAAUUUUCAUGAACUAAG